CAAUCGAAACCCCUGAUUUAUGUAUCAAUAAAGCAGGGAGAGAAGAGGCAUAGGAUUGCAGAAUAUUAAAAGGAGGUUACCUCCACUCCACUUCAUCUCCAUGGAUCUCUCCCUUUCACCCUCUGUUUCUGACACUGUCUGUGUGCUCUGGGGCUGUGAGCUGAAUGACACCCAGAGAAAGGCAGUGUUUGAAAUAGCGGAGGAUUUGUUGGAGCAUCAGUUCUUCAUCCGAACGAUGUGUCUGAGUGCAGAGGCCAGUAAGGAGAUGCAUGUUGUGGAGGUACAGGACAGAGUUGGGGAAUGCUGCAAGCCAGUGCCCAUUGCCACACUUCAACCUAUGUGCCAACCUAUGGUCAGUUUCAGUGGGUUUGAGCUCAUCUCACCUGUCAUCUUCAACCUUCGCUCUGGGCAGGGCCCCCUCUUCAUUUCUGGACAGCAUUUGACGUUAGUGGUCUAUGAGGAGGAGAAGGAGAAGAAGGUCUUCUCAUCAACACCCCUACUUGAUCACAGUGGUCUUCAAUAA